CAACCGCUGUAAAGGCAAUAUUACGAAGACACGUGUAACAUACAUGUCUAGUUUUCCUCUCCUCUCUUUGUCUCCCCACUCGUUUCUGACUACGUCGUUGCCUACUUUAGAAAAACAAAGAAAAACUCGACAACCGUUAAAAAUCAGGAACGAAAACAAAACCCACUAUUCAAUUUCCAAAUGCACGAAUCCAAAACCCUAAUCUCCAACAGCGAUAAGUUUUUUCGCAACAACUGUUUCUACUUCCUCACGUUUCCUAAAACUUCUCAAAUUGGUAAACCAAUCAUCAAUUUUCCCAGUCUAAAUGUUUUCGAAACUAUAAUUCCAUUCAAAACAAUAAAUUCUUGUCAAAAUUAUUGAAUGGAUCGCAAAGAAUCGAUCGAACGGGUAAAUUCCUAUCACCUCAUCCAUAAUUCAGCGUGGCUUGAAAUCAGACUCUUUUAUGUACGGAUUUCACCCUGCGCGGUCUCCAGCGUGCCCGACCACCUAAUCCUUUGCCAUGUGCGAAGUCAGAUCGGCGUAUCUCUCGAAAUCAAUGGUUCACGUGUUCCUGCGUCUGAGGUGGCCUCGAUAACCCUACGACGAGAUCGGCUUAACAAGGAAUCAUCAGAAGUGACGUAUGUGAGCACGGAUAACGUGCACGUCACGGGAAACGUCGAAUUCGAGGUGUUUCAUGAAAAGGACAUGGUUUUGUGUGGAUCCUUGGAGAGGAUGGAGUCAACGUGGAAUAACGAGAGUGACACGAGGGCGGGAUGGAGCAUGGAUUGUUACACGGCGAUAGGUUCUGGUUCAUCAGCGUUUUUUCAGCCGAAACUUGGGGUCUCGGCUCCUGCUAUCGAGGUUUAUAUUGCUGGUUGUUGUGGGGGUGUACCGGUAAUUUUGACAAAGACGAUACAGGUUAGUCCGAGAAGGAAAGGGUCAAGGCAUCGGGUGCUGGAUGCGAUUCCCGAGGAAGAGGAGAUUGAGAAACAUUUAAACGCUGAUAAUGGGCUCGCUCGCCAAAAAAAAUUGCAGAUAACAGAAGCAGAAGAUGAUGAUAAUGAGUCAGAUGAGAAAAUUCGUGGGAGUUUGUACUCAGAAGACAUGUACUACGGGGAAGAUGGCCAACUGUCAUGGUUUAAUGCUGGUGUUAGAGUUGGAGUUGGAAUUGGGCUAGGCAUGUGCGUUGGGAUUGGAAUUGGUGUUGGUCUUCUAAUGCGUUCAUAUCAAGCAACCACCGGAAAGUUUAGGAGGAGCGUGCAGACGAUGGAAAAUAGAUCUUCUGCACCAAUGCUUAACCGUAACAACCCUACGCCCCUUCCUUUAGUGGUUACUCUCAACUCCAUUGAAGACUGCGGCUUAGAACAAGACUCCCUUGCCGGCGUUGCUACCGUCGAGCACGUCCCGCUCAGUCGCUUAUCCGAUGGAAAGAUCGAAGCAGCCGCCGCUGUCCUCCUUCAUUCCCUCACCUACCUACCCCGCGCAGCGCAUCGCCUGCUCCGCCCCUACCAGCUUAUCCUCUGUCUUGGCUCUUCUGACCGCGGCGUCGACUCUGCUCUCGCCGCCGAUCUCGGUGUUCGGCUGGUUCACGUUGACACCUCGCGAGCCGAGGAGAUCGCUGAUACUGUGAUGGCUCUCAUCCUUGGUUUGCUGCGACGUACGCAUUUGCUUUCUCGCCAUGCACUCUCGGCUUCGGGAUGGCUAGGCUCGGUGCAGCCACUCUGUCGAGGAAUGAGGCGUUGUAGAGGACUAGUUUUGGGGAUCAUUGGUAGAUCUUCGUCGGCUCGGGCUUUGGCUUCAAGGAGUUUGGCUUUCAAGAUGAGCGUGCUUUAUUUUGAUGUUCACGAGGGUAAAGAAAAAUUUGCAUUUCCUUCAGCUGCCCGGAGGAUGGAUACUCUUAAUGAUUUACUAGCUGCAAGUGAUAUUAUCUCUCUUCAUUGUGCUGUAACAAAUGAAACCAUUCAGAUUAUCAAUGCUGAAUGUUUGCAGCAUAUAAAGCCUGGGGCAUUUCUUGUGAAUACGGGCAGCAGUCAGCUGUUGGACGAUUGUGCUGUAAAGCAGCUUUUAAUUGAUGGCACCUUAGCUGGCUGUGCCCUGGAUGGUGCCGAAGGGCCACAGUGGAUGGAAGCAUGGGUUAGGGAGAUGCCAAAUGUAUUGAUACUACCUCGCAGUGCGGAUUACAGUGAAGAAGUAUGGAUGGAGAUAAGGGAUAAGGCCAUUUCUAUAUUGAAAACAUUCUUCUUUGAUGGGGUUAUUCCGAACAAUGUCAUUUCUGAUGUGGACGAGGAUGAGGAUGAAAGCGAAAUGGGUGAUGAAGUUAAACAAUUUAAUAAACAAGACAAUGUGAGUGCACUUCAGGGUUCUGUUUCUGAGCAACUAACGGAUAAUAUCCAAGUUACUUCACAAAGCUCUCAGAAAAAGGGGAUCAGUCUAUCAAAGGAUUCACCUAGCCAGCUGCAGGGUUCAGUUUCGUCCCAAAAUACUACCUCUAAGCCUGAUGGACGGCGUAGCAGGUCAGGUAAGAAGGCCAAAAAGAGGCAUGCCCGCCAAAAAUCUUUGCAAAAAUCAGAUGAUCCCUCUGCAUUAGAAAAAGAAAGUACUUCACAUAGAGAAGAUGAUACUGCUAUGAGUGGUACAGAUCAAGCCAGUUCUCGGUGUGCUUCCCCUGAAGACUCAAGAAAUAGGAAAACACCUAUAGAAUUAAUACAAGAGUCAACUUCUGAAAGGCAUCUAAAAUCUAGCAAAAAGCUCAGUGGAAAGUCUGUGGAAAUGCUGAAAAAUGGUUAUGUCAUAGCUCUAUAUGUAAGAGAUCGCCCUGCACUCCACAUCUCUCGGCAGAGACUUAAAGGUGGUGGCUGGUUCCUAGACACCAUGUCAAAUGUAACAACAAGAGAUCCUGCAGCUCAGUUCCUUGUUGUUUGCAGAAGCAAGGACAUAAUUGGUUUGCGUUCUUUUGCUGCUGGUGGAAAGUUACUGCAGAUUAAUAGAAGAAUGGAGUUUGUAUUUGCUAGUCACAGCUUUGAUGUUUGGGAGAGUUGGACAAUGGAAGGUUCUCUAGACGAAUGUAGGCUUGUCAACUGUAGAAAUCCCUUGGCUGUUCUGGAUGUUUGCAUUGUGAUCCUGGCUGCUGUGGGUGAAGACGAUGGGGUUACUCGUUGGCUUGAUUAGAUUGUGAACUUGGAGACCUGACCGAAUCUAAAACUUUCGUUGCCAAUAUCUUUUCUCUUUAGAGAUUUGUAUUAACCAAAGUUGUUUGUAAAGCAAUGGUUUCUUUCUUUUCUUUCGUUCUUCCUGUCUCCUUCCUGUCUUUUGCAUUCUUAUCGGCUUUGUAUGAUUUCCUGUCGUGCUCUGUUGGGCCAGGCAGCACUAGAGAAGAAAAUGCCUUUUUUGUAUCUUUCAGAACGGAUAUCAGAGAAGUGACAUUGCAGAUUGUAAAUUAUCAGUACUAAGUAAUGACGCAUAUUCUUGCUGCCA